AUGCUCCUUCAGCCCCAAAAUGUGAUCCGCUGGGCUCCUCCGUCCGAUCCGCCAACUGCUGCCUGGUGGCUUUUGAGCGGGAUGGUGAAUUUGGUGUUGAAAGACUUUUAUAGGGAGGGGCAGGUCGGGUUGGGGGUGGAGGCGGAGGUGUUUGCGAAAUUGUUGGGUGAGAAGGAUGGCAAGUUGGCAAAGGCGUUUAGAGAGAUCGGGCUUCAUCGUACCUGCUUCCUCCUCGUCGCCUCUUUCACCAUCCUCGCCCUCUCCCUCGACCGCCUGCUCCGCCUGUCGCAGGACCACCAUUCGGUGCUCGAGUAUCUGCAGAAUCUGCCGCAAGAUAGUUUGAUGUUGCCGGAGAACUUUAUGAAGGCGUGUGAGGGGGUGAGGUAUGAGGAGAAGGAGUAUAAGAGGACGAGGGCGGCGGUGGAGAAGUGUUUGAUGCGUUGA